CGAAGCCGAACGUUUGCUUACCUCAUCAGCCCACGAUAACAAGCUGAUUCCUUAGGAAUGCAUUCAGAAGCUACACCGCUAUCCCACGAACCAUUGAAUUGACCAUCAUCAUGGCGGACGAUGCAGCGGGCCACAUCGGAUUCCACCCUCCUCAGCACGACGGAUCAUCACCAGCCCCCAUCCCCAAUAUCCACACGACGUAUCACGCCCUCAAAGCUGGGGAGGCCCGGUGGGCACCGAGAGUGGUCAGCGGGGUCCUCUGGUGGCUUUCUCUCGGUGCCGUCACGUCCAUUGUCCUGCUAUCCUUGGUGAGAGGAGUACCAUUCACGAAAGAAGACCCCGCGCCACUACAAUAAUGCAUUCCUUCGUGCAGGGACUUGAAUCAUACGCCGCCCUGCCGGUGUGUGUCGGCUUCCUGCCGUUGCUCAUUCUCUCCUUCGUGUUGGUGCUGCGGUGGCUGGGGCUGGUGCUGAGCCGCCCCGAGUCUGUGCGUCACGCCGUGGAGGUGUCGCGGGUUCUGCUCGUGACCUGGAAGGAGGUGGCGGGCCUGCAGCUGUACCUGAUGCUGGUCCUGCCGACGUUAAUUAUGCUACUACUGAGGGCCUUUGGCAUUCUACUGACGCCUGCCGGUGAGCGCAGCGUGCGCAUGGGAUGGGCAGACGUUGGUGUGUCUGUGGCGUCAUGGAUGUUCUGUCCUUUGUUUGCGCAGUGGGGGUCCUUUCGCCAUUGGUAUUGCUGGGGGUGUGUCAUUUGAUAGCAUGCGCCUGUCUGAAGGAGCCCGACGUCAAUCCCACCGUGUCGGCGUGCGCAGGAGUACGUAUGCAAUACACACACCCACACGACGGCACAAUCCCACAUCAUGAAUGAUUCGAUCUGUGUACAUGUUCCCUUUCCUUGGUGCCCUCUCCCUGUGCAGUUGUAUCUGGUCGCACAGGUCUGUGUACUGAUAUUGCGGCUUGACGGCCACUACACGGCCCCCUGGACGGCUGUGCUGGUGCCGACCUUCCUUCUCUUCGGCGUGGUGUUUGUGCUGGCCGUCAAGAGCCGGCUCUUUCUCAUAGUCCGCCUGCGGCUGCUGCAGUCACAAUCGGCCCGUACGCCCCUCCUGGCGCCCAGACGCAUCCAGGCCAUUGACGAGUCGCGGAUGCUGUCGCUGGCCGAGGAGUACCAUAGGGUGCUGCUGAUGUGCAGAAUGGCCACCACUGCCAUCGUCGCCAUGCCGUGCUUGCUAAUGGCAACGCUGAUAGCCUCGCUGACGGUGGAUGGCCUCAUCCGGGAGACACCUGACCUGUGGGCGGUGGAUGGGGUGUUUGUGGUGGUGUGGCUGGCGGUGUCUUGGAAGGUGAUUGCGUAUUGGAGCUUCACGUGUUCGCCGCUUAUUCACAGCAUGUGGGCACAGGACAAAUGGAUCUGGUGAGCGAUGCAUGUCUGCUGUGCAGCUCAGCUGUGGGUAAAGUAAGUAGAUGGGAGACCUUCAAAACCCAUGACGGGACGGUGUGCGUCUGUGUGCGUCUCCGUCUCGUGCCUGUUUGGCGUUCUAUCCGUCGAUUCGAUGGGCGUGGGUGGGUGCAUGGAGUAGAUGGGAGACCGACCUCAUGUGUGUCUGUGUGUUUCUGUGUGUGUGUGUACAGUUUGCAUAACGAUGAUGUGAUAGAUCGUUGGAUACGCGCGGAACAUCGCCACAGACUCGUCCAGCAGUACCUCCGUCCAUGUGUCUGCUUGUGGACAAAAUGCACCGAAGGCUCAGGCACACAUCCUCGUGCAACACACACACAUCCCCGGCCGCCCAUGCCAUGA